GAGGAUUGCUGGAUGAAGGCCGACCCCAGGACUUUGAGCCAGAUGUCAGAGAAAAGUUGGAUUUCUUUGUGAGCAGCUCACGCAGCAUCCGCAAGUGCCCUUCCCUUUUGUGGCUCCUGGAGGUGCUGAGAUCCUUGUUCAGACAUGGCAUUUAGAAGGACAGAGGGAAUGUCCAUCAUCCAGGCCUUGGCAAUGACCGUGGCAGAGAUCCCCGUGUUCGUUUACACGACGUUCGGGCAGUCUGUCUUCUCUCAGCUGCGGCUCUCUCCAGGCCUGCGUAAGGUGCUGUUUGCUACAGCUCUCGGGACAGUUGCGUUGGCUCUUACAGCUCAUCAGCUGAAGCGUCGUCGUCGUCGAAAGAAGCAGAUCGCUCCGGAGAAGUGCGGCUUUAAGCCUGGAGGGAUCACCGUGCCCAUCUUGCCAACCAGAAGGGUCUCCUCCGUGAAGAAAGGAUACUCCAGCAAGAGAGUCCAGAGUCCUGGUAGCAAGAGCAAUGACACGCUCAGUGGGAUUUCCUCCAUCGAGCCCAGCAAACAUUCCAGUUCCUCCCACAGCCUCGCCUCGAUGGUAGCAGUCAACUCUUCGAGUCCAACACCAGCCUCAGCAGGGAUGUGGGAGGCCCAGGCAAUGGGGGAUGCUGGAGCCAUUGGUGAUUCCAGUGCAGAAAGCCUCUACGUUCAAGGCAUGGAGCUGUUUGAGGAGGCCCUGCAGAAGUGGGAGCAGGCGCUGACCAUCAGGCAGAGGGACAAUGCUAGUACCAGCACCCCCGUGCCCUGGGACAGCAAGAAACGACGAGAGAGCAUGUCUGAGAACAUCCCAGAGGAGGAGUCCCAGAAAAGGGAGUUCGCUGAGAAGCUGGAGUCCCUCUUGCACCGAGCCUACCACCUCCAGGAAGAGUUUGGGUCUUCGCUUCAGUCAGACAGCAUGCUGCUGGAUCUGGAGAAGACUUUAAUGCUUCCAUUGACGGAUGGGUCAUUGCGGCUUCGGACAGAUGAUGAAGACAGCUCAAUUUCCGAGGACUCCUUCUUCUCUGCAGCAGAGCUCUUUGACUCUCUCCACUUUGAGGAAAUACCAUUCCACCUCUCUAAGCCAGUAGCAGCCUAUGAAGAAGCUCUGCAGUUAGUGAAAGAAGGGAAAGUUGCGUGCCGGACGCUGAGGACAGAGCUCCUUGGCUGCUACAGCGACCAGGAUUUCCUCGCGAAGCUGCAUUGCGUCAGGCAGGCCUUCCAGGAGCUGCUGGAGGAUGAAAGCAAUCAACUGUUUUUUGGGGAGGUUGGGAAGCAAAUGGUGAUAGGACUGAUGACAAAAGCUGAAAAGAAUCCCAAAGCUUUUCUGGAAAGCUACGAGGAGAUGCUGCAGUAUGCACUGAAGCAAGAGACCUGGCCGACCACUCAGCAGGAGCUGGAGGGAAGAGGGGUGGUGUGCAUGAGUUUCUUUGAUAUCGUGCUGGACUUCAUCCUCAUGGAUGCUUUUGAGGAUCUGGAGAACCCUCCCUCCUCUGUGCUGGCUGUGCUGCGCAACCGAUGGCUCUCCGACAGCUUCAAGGAGACAGCUCUAGCAACUGCCUGCUGGUCAGUCCUGAAAGCAAAAAGGAGGCUUCUGAUGGUACCAGAUGGCUUUAUCUCUCAUUUCUACUCCGUAUCGGAGCAUGUCAGUCCUGUUCUAGCCUUUGGUUUUCUGGGGCCCAAGCAGCAGCUAUCUGAAGUCUGCAGUUUCUUCAAGCACCAGAUAGUACAAUAUCUGAAGGACAUGUUUGAUUUGGACAAUGUGAGAUACACAACAGUGCAGUCACUGGCAGAAGACAUUUUGCAGCUGUCGCGGCGGCGCAGUGAGAUCCUCUUGGGAUACCUGGGCACCGAGACUUCCCCUGAGAUGAACGGCACGCUUCCUCAUGAAAAUGAGCCGCUGAAGGAGCUCAUCUGACGUCAGUCAGGGGAGGAAAACAGUUUUGUACAAGGACCUUUUUCCUCCCAGCGAUGGAUAAAACUACCUGCAAUGCUCAGUGGUGGCAGCAAGACUAUUUCAACACACAGCAACCUGGUGGGACCUUCUGCUUUUUGUAGCCAGUAGUGUUUGCUGGGAUGGAUCCAGGACCACUUGCCAGCUUAUGGUUUGAAUUUCUUCUUUGUUCCACCUUCCUGUUUAUUAUUAUUAUUGUUUUUAAUGUGUCAUACAAAUCACGAACUGCCUGGGCCCAGAUUUUUGCCCAAUUCUCUUGAAUAGGGCAAUAUAUGUACCCGUUUUGCCUGUGCAUUUUCUGGGAGAUGAUCCCUGACGUUUACGAUUGUCUGUGGGAGCAGGAACAUCACUGGUAAAUUCUCCACUUGACCCUUAGCUUCUUAAGGAGGCUUUGUUUGCUUUGGGAUUUUUAUUAUCGUUCUUUCUCUGCUGUGUUUCUACAGACAUUACUGCUGAUUUUUACCUUACGUGUUUUAACACAUGCAAUGUGACUAGCAAAGAUUUCUUUCCCAGGGAGGAAGAAAUACUUCUGUAAAGCACUGAAGUAAAAUGCAGACUUCUGUAACCAGUCUGAAGCUCUAAGGAAGUUGGUCUGUUGCCUCUGUGUUGCUGCUGUUUGCAGGCCAGAUGACGGGCUCUGUGGGGCGGUCAUCCUCGCUUAGGAGAUUGCUGAGGCCUUGUUUGCCCCUAAGGCAAGCUAGUGUGAGGAAGGGGUGGAUUUGCAUCCUGCCUGUGCAUGCACAAAGUCUUUAACAUCCAUCAGAGUGCCUUGCUGUAUUUCAGAAUGAGCCAGCAGCAGUUUUCGCUGGGUAGGAGGUGUGGGGUGUACACAAGCAGAGGGAACCGGUAUGGUGUGGUGCCUAUUCCCAUUAUGCACAAGGCAGUAAGAGGUGUAGACGUUGGAUGUGAUGUACAAAAGGGGUUAUGUGUGCAGGUAGCUGGAGAGCUGGGAUCAAGCUGCUAGAGAGGAAACGACUCUUUGUAGUCUGUCAAUCCGAAGAAACGUAGCGUAGUUUUGGGCAUAGAUCAAAUGCAUGUGCAUGUAUGACCUUGUAGCGCUGGGAAGGGCUCUUAUCGAAUGAUGUGAUCCUGACUGCACAGCCAGCACCUGAAAUCCGGCUGCUUUGGGACACAUGCUGAGUUGGAUACUAGUGUAGGGUGGUGGCAGUGGAGUGUGCUGAACUCGAGGCGGUCCUGGCUUUUGUGUGAGGUUUGCAGCGGUUUGCCGAGUCCUCUGUGAGUGCAAUGCCACAGAUGAAGGUUGAGGGUCCAGCCUGUGCUUUCUCCUGUUGCAGGCCACAUACAUCUCCAAGUCCCAGCCUCAGAAUGAGGAGGUCUUCAGGGAGAAGAAAAUGAGUACUUUCACAAAAACAUGGGCUUGACUGAUUAGUUAUCCCUUGUGUCUGUUCCAGGUAAAAGGCGUAAGUCUUAUCUAGCC